AUGGCGGGUGGUGGAAGAAAGGCGGCCGAGGCCAGCAGCAAAAAGGCCCAGGGCCAGGCCCGCAAGGCCGACGCGGUGGCCCAGAAGGCGGCCGCGGAAGAGGCCCGGAGAGAGGCUGACGAGGCUGCUGAAUGGUCCAAGGGCGCCAAAGGUGCCGGCAAGAAGGAGGCCGAGGCUGCGAAAAAGGCAGAACUAGCCCGCAAAAGGGCCGAGCGCGAUACCCUGCUCGCUGAGGAAGAGAAGAACACACCCGGCCGCGCCGCCCCAAAGAACGCCAAGUCCGCCACCAAGAAGACCACUGCUGCACCGUCACGAGGCCUCGACCUGUCCCAGCUCGACGACGCCGCCCCGGCGGACAAGAAGCUGACUGCCGUCAGUGCCACCGGCAUCGACAACGCGCUCGACGCCCUCUCGCUUGACAGCGCCGCCGCCGGUGGGGCAGGCCCCAUUGACCGCCACCCGGAGCGUCGCUUCAAGGCUGCCUUUGCGGCAUUUGAGGAGCGCCGGUUGGCCGAAAUGGACGCCGACGGCUCGAGCAAGGGCCUGCGCCUGAACCAGCGCAAGGACAAGAUCCGCAAGGAGUUUGAAAAGAGCCCAGAGAACCCGUUCAACCAAGUGACGGCGCGGUACGACGCGAACAAGGCGGAGGUGGCGCAGAUCAAGGACCAGGAGAAGGCCAAGAUUGAGAAGCGGUUGGGCGCGUAG